AUGGGAAAGCCAAAGACAAUAGAUUCUUUUUUCAAAAGAAAGAGUAAUGCAAAUGAAGAGGAAUCGAGUAAGCGUCAGAAAGAGACAGGUCCUGAUACAGGUCCUGAUACAGGUCCUGAGACAGGUCCUAGCCAAGUAGAGGAAGCGAGUAAUCAACAAGAACUGGUUUUUUCUGAAUCUCCACUACCACAAACUAGCAACGAUGUGGAACCUAGCAAACUAGAAAGAGAUCCGGCCAAACGGAAACAACUUUUGGAUUAUCCUGUCAAUUUGAGGGAACAAGUAAGACUAGCUUAUCUCAAUUUAGGAGCUUACCAAAUACGUCUUACAAAUUAUCCAAGUAAAGGUUCGGCGAAGCAUAAGCGUAAGUUUCAAUUCGCUUGGUUUGGUGUUUUCCCUGGUUGGUUAGAAUAUUCUCCAACAGAACAUAAGUGUUACUGUUUCUAUUGUUUUUUAUUUAACGAUAAGUCAAGUUUGAACAACGGGCAAGAUGCAUUUACCGUUAAAGGGUUUGAUUGCUGGAAUAGAGUUAAUGGGAAACAUUGUGCAUUUCGUCAACAUGUUGCUAGUAACCAUCAUAAAAAUGUUGUGGCAUUUACAGAGAACUUGUUGAACCAAAAACAACACAUUGAAGAAAAGAUCUUGAAGUUUAAUGAUGAUGAAAUAAUGAAUAACCGUUUAAGGUUGAAAGCUUCAAUUGAUGUGGUUCGUUGGUUGACAUACCAAGCUUGUGCAUUGAGAGGACAUAAUGAAAGUUCAAGUUCUAAAAAUCAAGGUAAUUUUCUUGAACUAUUGCAACUUUUGGCCACUUAUAAUGAUGAUCUUGCAAAGGUUAUAUUAGAGAAUGCCCCAUAUAAUGCAAAGUAUGUGUCCGGAGAUAUUCAGAAACAAAUUCUUAGUAUACUUGCAAAUAAAAUUCGAAGGUAUAUUCGUAGCGAAGUGGGGGAUGGAUACUUUUGUGUCAUGGUUGAUGAGUCUCGGGACGAGUCAAAAAGGAGCAAAUGGCUAUAG